AUGUACAUCCAAAUCGGACAUCAAGACAAGCUUCAACUGACUUCAUUCACCUACUUGAAUGAACUUGUCGAAGAAUUAAAUGAUUUAUUAGGAGAGAACGCGUUUCUCAUCGAACAAAAUGGAAAGAAGAUCGAUUUGUCGAGCGAAUGUCAAUUGAUUGAAGAUGAAACUUAUAAAAUUUGGCCUCGAAUCCUUGGUGGAAAGGGUGGUUUUGGAUCUUUAUUGCGAUCUUUUGGUAAACAAAUUUUGAUCUCGAAAAAUAAGGAAGCGUGUCGUGAUUUGAAUGGUCGGCGUAUGAGAGAUGUAAACAAUGAAAAGAAAUUGCAAGAAUGGAUGCAAAAGCAAUUAGAAAAGUCAUCAACUGAUCAAAAGAACAAAGCAUCAGCAUCGUCAAACGAAGAAAAAUCGGAUUAUCGUAAUGUUCCACCGCCACACAAGUUCUCCGAUGCUGCUUAUGAUGAACAAAAGAAACAAAUCGCGAAUGAUAUGGAUGAAGCUGUUCAGGUCGCGGUCGAAUUAAUCCAAGCUGAGAAGUUGAAGAAAAAGAAGAAAUCAACAACAGCUGUUAGUACUCUCGAUGAUGAUGAUGACGACGGUGAUACAGAUGAAGUUGUUUCGAAAAAACGUCGCCAUUCGGAAGACGCACUUGAAGAUGGUGAAUUAAAAAAUAAGAAAACAAAGAAGGAAAAAGGUGCUUCAGGGGCGUUUUUCCUGGGUAUUGAUCUUGGAGAUGUCUCAAGUGAUGACGACGACGAUGACGAAGAGAAAAUACAGAAAAAGAAGACAAAAGUAGCCAAGAAAAAUUAA